CAUCCACAUCACCUCGACCUACCUCACAACCACCCACAAUGUCUGAGCAAACCUCUGUCAAGUCGUGCUGCGCCUCGGGCCACAUCCACGCCGGCACCCCCGAGGGCGCCUUCAAGCAGCUGCACGGCCUCAACACGUACGUGACCGGCACGGGCAAGGACACGAUCGUCUUCAUCCCCGACAUCUUUGGCGUGUACCCCAACGCGCAGCUGCUCGCCGACGAGUGGGCGCGCCUCGGCAGCUGGCGCGUCGUCAUCCCCGACGUGUUCCAGGGCGACGCUGUCCCGCUCUCGCACCUCAACACCAUCGUGCCCAACAACGGCGUCCUCGACAAGCGCACCGACAAGGGCAAGGAGGAGCAGGGCGCCAAGACUAUGGAGAUCCUCGGCCCCUGGCUCGGCAAGCACUCCCAGCAGGUUGUGCAGCCGCUCAUCGAGACGUUUGUCAAGGGCAUCAAGGCCGAGAGCGGCAAGGUCGCAGCCGUCGGCUUCUGCUGGGGUGCGCGUUACGCCGUGCUCCUCGGCGGCGGUGCCUCGCCGCUCGUCGACGCCGUGGUGGGCAACCACCCGUCGUUCCUCACGGAGGACGACAUCGCCGCCGUGACCAAGACGCCCGUCGCCAUCUUCUGGGGCGACAGGGACGAGAUCCUCCCCGCUGCCCAGCUCGACGGCUUCGAGGCCGUCCUCACCAAGAACCUCGGCGGAACCAAGGUGCUCGUCAAGCGCUACGCCGGCACCGUGCAUGGCUUCACGAUCCGCGGCGACGACCAGAACGAGCGCGAGAAGAAGGAGAAGGAGGAGGCGGCGACGCUCGGCGUCGAGUUCACCAAGAAGGCCUUUGGCCAGGGCGCGAGCCUCUAAGUGAAGUGAAAUGAAGAUCUUGAAGAAUCCGAACGGGAGCCUGUGAGCCUGAUCUUCACAAAACCUCGAGAGGAUUUCUCGGGCAACUACAUCGGAAUGGAGACCUUGAAGAAUCUGAA